AUGUCAUCUAUUUUAGCUACGUUAUCCAGACCUUGGCAUAAAGUUGGUAUGACCACCUUUGGAACGAGUGAAGCAAGAGGAAUUCACUUCGAAGAUGAGAGCUUGACCACAUUCACACUUGACCCGGGUCAUAUAAAUACUAGAUUAGGUCAAAAGGCGUCCGAGUUCAUGGGAUAUCCUCCACCCCAUUCUGUUGAGGACACAGCUCCGAAGAUCGUACGUUUUAUAGAAGAUGCAAGUAGGGCAGAGACUUCUGGAGGGUUAUGGCGAGUGUGA